AUGUUGCGGAGAUUUUCUACUACCUUCAAGCGGAACAAGGAUUCCAAGGAUUCAAAUGGGGAUAUCGAGCCCAAGAGCCCAAAGGAGAACAAGCGCUUCUCCAGGGGUUCACCAUCGCGCAAGUCCUCGUCCAACAAUGAGGAGAACCACGUCGUGAAGCGUGCCGAGGUUGUCGCAGUUUUCGAAAAGUAUGCGCAGGCCAUUCACGCAUCGCGCGAGCCACUGCCAAACCAAACUGGCGAUGGCACCUACUUGAAGCACGACCAGUCUUCUGGUCUAAUCAAUGAUAUCAAGUCUCUUGGCUUCCGCGAUAUCAACACGGUCAAGGACUUGGUGAAAUCUAAGGCUAGCGGCGAGCUUGUCGAUGACAAAACUUAUCUAAUGGAGCGCAUUAUUCAGGCAAGUACACUUCUUGUUGCAGAUCUACCUGGUCACUCCAAGAACCGUACCGAGCUCACCAACACAUUCCUGGAUGAACUAUGGGGAAGUCUUCCGCACCCUCCUCUAUCGUAUAUGGGUGAUGAUUUCAAGUACCGCUCUGCCGAUGGCUCUAACAACAACCCGACUCUUCCAUGGCUAGGUGCUGCCAAUACCCCAUACUGCCGCACCAUUCCUCCACUUACCAUUCAGCCUACUGGUCUACCCGACCCUGGCCUCAUUUUUGACAGUUUGUUCGCCCGUGAAAAGUUCACUCCCCACCCUAACAAGGUGUCGAGCAUGUUCUUCAACUGGGCUUCUUUGAUUAUCCACGAUAUCUUUCAGACUGACUACCGUCAGCAACACCUGAAUAAGACUUCUGCCUAUCUUGAUCUCUCCAUAUUAUACGGUGAUGUUCAGGAGCAGCAGGACCUCAUUCGUUCUCACAAGGCCGGAAAGCUUAAGCCUGAUUGCUUCUCUGAGGGUCGUCUCCAGGCUCUUCCUGCGGCUUGUGGUGUACUUCUUGUUAUGCUGAAUCGAUUCCAUAACCAUGUUGUUGAGGAGCUGGCUGAGAUAAAUGAAAACGGUCGCUUUACUAAGCCACCCGCCGGUCUGUCCCAGGAGGAGGCUGACAAGGCCUGGGCCAAGUAUGAUGAGGACCUAUUCCAGACUGGUCGUCUUAUUACCUGCGGUCUUUACAUUAACAUCACUUUGUACGACUAUCUACGCACCAUUGUCAAUCUGAACCGGACCAACUCUACCUGGUGUUUGGAUCCUCGUGCUCAAAUGGAGAAAUCCGGUUCUACUCCCUCUGGUUUGGGUAACCAGUGCUCUGUCGAGUUCAACCUGGCCUACCGCUGGCACUCGGCCAUCUCUCAAGGUGACGAGAAGUGGAUUGAGCAGAUCUACUACGACCUCAUGGGUAAGCCUGCUGAGGAGGUCUCCAUGCCUGAACUGCUGAUGGGUAUGAAGAAGGUCGAGGGCAUUCUCAGCCCGGACCCAUCUAAGCGUACAUUCGCCCGCUUAGAACGUCAGGAAGAUGGCACCUUCAAAGAUGAAGAGCUUGUUGCUAUUCUUAAACAAGCCACUGAGGAUGUUGCCAGUUCGUUCGGCCCCCGCAACAUUCCAAAGGCCCUGCGCUCCGUCGAGAUCCUCGGUAUGCAGGCUGCCCGUAAAUGGCAGGUUGGCUCCUUGAACGAGUUCCGUAAGCACUUCGGCCUGAAGACCUACGACACAUUUGAGGAGAUCAAUUCUGAUCCACAAAUUGCAAACAACCUACGCCAUUUGUAUGAGCACCCUGACUUUGUCGAGCUUUAUCCCGGUAUUGUUUGCGAGGAGGCUAAGGAACCCAUGGUGCCUGGUGUUGGCAUCGCCCCAACUUACACCAUCUCACGGGCUGUCUUGUCCGAUGCCGUGGCUCUGGUUCGUGGUGAUCGCCACUACACCGUUGACUACAAUCCUCGUAAUUUGACCAAUUGGGGUUACAACGAGUGCCGUUAUGAUCUGAACAUCAAUCAGGGCUGCUCUUUCUACAAGUUGGCCACCCGGGCUUUCCCCAACUGGUUCAAGCCUGACUCUAUCUAUGCCCACUAUCCCAUGACUAUUCCAUCUGAGAACCGUGUUAUCAUGAAGAAUCUUGGCCGUGAGCAGGACUACUCUUACGAACCUCCUUCAUUUACCCCAUCACGCGUUGACCUGGUCUCCCACCAGAGUGCCAAGUUGGUCCUGAACAAUCCCCAGGACUUCAGCAUGGCCUUGACUGGCGCCAUUGAGGAAUUAUUUGGCAAGACGUUCGAUGCAGAGACAACCCAGGCUUUGGGUCAGUCCUUCAGUACUGCGGAGUUCCCCACUCUUGUCAAGAAAUUCUACGAGGAGACCACUCUCCGUCUCAUCAAGGAGAACGGUGCCAAGCUGGCAAAAAUCAACCAGGUUGACAUCACUCGUGACGUCGGCAAUGCUGCCCAUGUUCACUUUGCUUCCGCGCUCUUUGGCCUGCCCCUGAAGACCGAGGCGAACACGCAAGGCCUGUUCACCGAGCAAGAGAUGUACAUGAUCCUGACCACUAUUUACACCGCACUCUUCUUCGACAUCGAUGCCCCCAAGUCCUACUCCCUGAACCGAGCAGCCGCUGCUGUCUCCCAGCAGCUCGGAUAUGUAGUCGAGGCCACCGUCAAGGCCGACGUCAACAGCGGCCUUCUGGCCGGUCUCAUGGACAGUUUCCGUCCUCACACUAACGCCCUCCGUGAGUUCGGUAGCAGCGCCCUUAAGCGUCUCCAAGACUCUGGCCUGAGCUCCUCCCAGAUCACUUGGUCGCAAAUCAUCCCGACAAUUGUCGCCAUGGUCCCCAACCAAGGCCAAGUGUUCACUCAAAUUAUCGAGUUCUACACCGGCGAUGGCAAGCAUCAUUUGUCCGAGAUCAGCCGCCUGGCCCAGCAGGAAUCUAGCGCGAACGAUGAGAAGUUGUAUCGCUAUUGUCUGGAAGCUAUCCGUAUCAACGGUACUUUCGGUGCGUAUCGCGAGGCCAAGACCAACAUGACCAUCUCCGACAACGACAGCCUGGUCAACAUCCAGCCCGGUAACAAGGUGUUUGCCUCCUUUGUUCAGGCCAACCAUGACCCAACUGUCUUCCCCGAGCCCAACACCGUUCAGCUCAACCGUCCCUUAGAUUCUUACAUCAGCCAGGGUCAGGGCCCCAGCACUAGCUUCGGCCAGGAGAUUUCCAAAGUUGCCCUCGUCGCCAUGUUGCGUGUUGUCGCUCGCCUUCCGAACCUCCGUCGCGCAGCUGGCGAACAGGGUCAACUCAAGAAGAUCCCCCAGGAGGGCGGCUACUAUGUCUAUCUGCGCCAGGACGGCACCUCGUACUUCCCAUUCCCGAUGUCGCUCAAGCUGCAAUGGGACGGUGAUUUUGAGUUUGCUCCAUUGAAAUCGACCUGA